AUGGCGGACGUCGACCCUGGCUCUGAGCCAAUUCAUCAACCCGCAACCGACUCCGAGAAGCCUCCCGUGGAUACUACUACCGAAUCUCCCCCGGCCUUAAACCCAGACAAGCCAAACCUAUCCGAAGCCACAGAAUGGCAAGAAGUGACGGAAAAAGGGGGCGAGGAGGUGGACAAGGAGGAAGAAGGACCCCAGAAUGAGGAAGAACUGGAGGGAAAGCCCGAGGUUCCGCCAAAGGAUACUUCGGACAACACAACAGAAGCCGAAACCCCCAAGCUCGAAGAUGGACCGCCGGAAAUCCAGGAACACAAACCUAGCGAAGACAAUGAACGAGAAUCAAGAAUGCGUUCUGACUCGCGGUCCACCACCGCGACUUUUGCGACAGCACGGGGAGGUGCGGUCAGUUCAGCUGUCUUCAUUGUGACAGCUCUCGAUAGCAUUGCCGCCUCGCGGGAAGCUCGGAGGAACAAGGAAUUAGAAGAUUCCGUCCAGAUCGCUCUGAGCAAUAUCAAGUCAGAUCGUAUUGACCCGGAACUCAUCUUUCGCCCACUUCACCUGGCAAGCAAGACUCUCAGCGUGCCCCUCCAGGUGACAGCGCUAGAUUGCAUUGGAAAGCUUAUCUCCUACUCCUACUUCGCGUUUCCUUCCGCCGAUUCCCAAAAUGACACCAACUCUGAACAACCACCCCUGAUUGAGCGAGCCAUUGAUGCAAUCUGUGAUUGUUUUGAGAAUGAAGCCACCCCCAAUGAGAUCCAGCAGCAGAUCAUCAAGUCGCUGCUGGCAGCGGUUUUGAAUGACAAAAUCGUGGUACAUGGAGCUGGUCUCCUGAAAGCCGUUCGCCAGAUUUACAACAUCUUCAUUUACUCCAAAUCCAGUCAGAAUCAGCAAAUUGCCCAGGGUUCCCUGACACAGAUGGUGAGCACAGUGUUUGACCGGGUACGUGUUCGGCUGGAUCUGAAGGAACUUCGAACCCGUGAAGUCGACCGCGUCGCAAAUGGUUUGGAUGCGACGUCUAGCGACCAAGGGCAAAUUUCCGAGGCUGCUUCGGUCUCAGUUGCGGACCAGGCAGAUCAGCCAGACCAACCAGUCACCAAGGAACCAACUGCUGAGAAGCUCACCCUCCAGAGUUUCGAGUCGCCUAAGGAGGUGACUGGCGUGAAUGACAAUGCGCCAACUACAGUUACCCGUGCGAAAGCGACGCGCUCUUCGACUCGUUCUAUUACCGGCAUCCCUGAAGACCGGGAAGAUGAUGGCACCGCUGAGGAUGAUGUGGAUGAGGUCUACGUUAAAGAUUCAUUCCUAGUAUUUCGGGCUCUCUGCAAGUUGAGCCACAAGGUUCUUGGCCACGAGCAACAGCAAGAUCUCAAGUCUCAAAACAUGCGGUCGAAACUCCUUUCGCUGCAUCUCAUCCACUACCUGAUUAACAAUCAUACCAACACCUUCACUUCUCCUCUGGCUGCCAUCAAGAACAGCUCGACAAGCCCAGAGGCCAUGACACUCCUUCAGGCUGUACGACCGCACCUCUGCCUAAGCUUGAGUCGAAAUGGGUCUAGCUCGGUUCCUCAUGUGUUCAAGGUCUGCAGCGAGAUUUUCUGGUUAAUGCUCACGCACUUGAGAGUCAUGAUGAAGAAGGAGAUCGAAGUGUUCAUGAAGGAAAUUUACCUGGCUAUUCUUGAGAAGCGGGCUGCUCCUUCAUUCCAAAAACAAUAUUUCAUGGAAAUCCUGGAGAGAUUAGGUGGUAAUCCGCGCGCCUUGGUUGAGAUUUACCUCAACUAUGACUGUGAUCGUACCGCUUUGGAGAACAUCUUUCAAAACCUCAUCGAACAAUUAUCACGACAUGCCAGCGUCCCGGUCAUCACUAGUAUUGCGCAGCAGCAGCAAUUCCAGGAGAACCACACCAAAAUGUCUAGCAUUGGAGCUGAAUGGCAUCAGCGCGGAACACUCCCUCCAUCUCUCACCACCGCUAAUAUAGCCCCUCCACCGCAGCCAGCUGUGCCCAAUUUGCCAUCAGAGUAUGUUUUGAAGCAGCAGGCUCUCGAAUCCCUCGUAGAGAUCCUUCGGUCUCUUGACAAUUGGGGAGCACAGCGCCCUGAUAAUCAACCUUCUCAGCAAGAUCCCAUCGACUCAUCCAAGUCUAUGGAUCACCCCCGGGAGUCCAUAGAUACCAGUGUCCUUAUUUCCCCACGUCCUGAUGCUGCUGAUGGACUUGCCACUGGCCGGUCCACACCGGUGCCAGAUGAUGACCCCAAUCAGAUUGAAAAGGUAAAGCAGCGCAAGAUUGCCCUGAUGAACGCCAUCCAGCAAUUUAAUUUCAAGCCCAAGCGUGGUAUCAAGCUUUUCCUUCAGGAAGGGUUCAUCCCCUCGGAUUCUCCUGAAGACAUUGCAAGCUUUUUCCUUCGCAAUGAGCGUCUGGACAAAGCCAUGCUGGGUGAAUAUCUGGGUGAGGGCGAUGCCGAAAACAUUGAGAUCAUGCAUCACUUUGUAGACAAGAUGGAAUUCGCCAAGCGACGUUUCGUCGAUGCUCUGCGGUCGUUUCUGCAGCAUUUCCGUCUACCUGGAGAGGCCCAAAAGAUUGAUCGAUUUAUGCUCAAGUUUGCGGAACGGUAUACAACUCAAAAUCCCAACGCAUUUGCCAACGCCGACACCGCCUAUGUGCUUGCCUACUCGGUCAUCAUGCUCAACACAGAUCAACACAGUGCCAAGAUCAAGGGGCCACGGAUGACCAAGGAAGAUUUCAUCAAGAACAAUCGCGGAAUUAACGAUAACCAGGACUUGCCAUCUGAGUACCUGGUGUCUAUCUACGACGAAAUUGCCAAUAAUGAGAUUGUCCUGGAUACUGAACGGGAGCACGCUGCAAACAUCGCUAUCCAACCUUCUGCUCCGACUGGCCUGGCCCGAGCUGGGCAAGUUUUUGCAACCGUUGGUCGUGAUAUUCAGGGAGAAAAAUAUGCACAGGCAUCCGAAGAGAUGGCUAACAAGACUGAGCAACUGUACCGCUCCCUCAUCCGGGCUCAACGAAAGACGGCCGUCCGCGAUGCCCUUUCUCGCUUCACCAUUGCUACAUCAGUUCGACAUGUCGGGUCGAUGUUCAACGUCACCUGGAUGUCCUUUUUGUCUGGACUGUCGGCACCAAUGCAGGAUACCUCAAACAUUGAGUCCAUUCGGUUAUGCAUGGAGGGACUCAAGCUGUCGAUUCGUAUUAGCUGUGCUUUUGAUUUGGAGACCCCUCGGGUAGCUUUCGUCACUGCCCUCGCCAAAUUCACCAACCUCGCGAAUGUCAAGGAAAUGAUGCCCAAGAACUUUGAAGCCCUGAAAGCCAUUCUCGAUAUCGCAACUACUGAAGGCAAUCAUCUUCGUACCUCCUGGCGCGAUAUCUUGACCUGCGUCAGCCAACUCGACCGUUUGCAAUUGUUGAGCGACGGCGUCGACGAGGGUUCACUGCCAGAUGUUUCUCGGGCACCCACUGCAGCGGAUACACCGCGCAAAUCCAUGCAAAGUACGCGGAGCAAGACCCGCGCACGCUCUGUCCAUGGCCCCUUAGCUUUCCGUAUGGAUAUUGCCAUAGAGAGCCGAUCGGCAGACAUGGUCCGCAGUGUAGACCGGAUUUUCACCAACACCGCAAAUCUCUCACAUGAGGCUAUCAUCGAUUUUGUCCGUGCACUGAGCGAGGUGAGCUGGCAAGAGAUUCAGUCCUCGGGGCAAAGCGACUCCCCGAGAACAUACAGUCUCCAGAAACUGGUCGAGAUCAGUUACUACAACAUGACCCGGGUCAGGAUUGAAUGGUCUAAGAUCUGGGAGGUCUUGGGUCAACACUUCAACCAGGUUGGCUGCCACACCAACACUACCGUUGUGUUCUUUGCUCUCGACUCGCUCCGACAACUGUCGAUGCGUUUCAUGGAAAUUGGGGAACUUCCUGGUUUCAAGUUCCAGAAGGACUUCCUCAAGCCUUUCGAGCAUGUAAUGGCGAACAGCACCACCGCUUCCGUCAAAGAUAUGAUCCUCCGUUGUUUGAUCCAGAUGAUUCAAGCCCGUGGUGAUAACAUCCGGUCUGGAUGGAAGACCAUGUUUGGAGUUUUCACAGUUGCCGCGCGAGAGCCCUAUGAGGGGAUUGUGAAUAUGGCGUUUGACCAUGUCACGCAAAUCUAUAAUACUCGUUUCGGAGUUGUGAUCACCCAGGGUGCAUUUGCAGACCUAAUUGUUUGCCUCACUGAGUUUUCCAAAAACUCUAAGUUCCAGAAGAAGUCACUGCAAGCAAUCGAGACUCUGAAAUCCACAGUCACCAAGAUGCUGCGUACUCCGGAAUGUCCGCUCUCCCACCGUGGUGGACCUGCGCCUAAUUUCCAAGAGGAGGGAACCAACCUUGCCAAACAACUUACUCGCCAAUCCCAAGAAGAGCAGUUCUGGUACCCCAUCUUGAUCGCAUUCCAAGACGUGCUCAUGACUGGCGAUGACCUCGAAGUUAGAUCCCGUGCACUUACGUACCUCUUUGAGACAUUGAUCCGACAUGGCGGUGACUUUCCCCGUGCUUUCUGGGAUGUUCUUUGGCGUCAACUUCUCUGCCCAAUCUUUGUGGUUUUGCAGUCCAAGUCCGAAAUGUCCAAGGUUCCCAACCACGAGGAUCUGUCCGUUUGGCUCUCCACCACUAUGAUUCAGGCUUUGCGGAACAUGAUUACUCUCUUCACGCACUACUUUGAUGCACUAGAAUACAUGUUGGGGCGCUUUUUGGAGCUUCUGACCCUGUGUAUCUGCCAGGAGAAUGAUACGAUCGCACGCAUUGGCAGCAAUUGCUUGCAGCAGCUGAUUUUGCAAAACGUUUCCAAAUUCCAGCAGGAGCACUGGACUCAGAUCGUUGGGGCCUUUGUCGAGCUUUUCAAUAAAACCACCGCAUACGAACUGUUCACAGCGGCGGCCUCCAUGACCAAAAUGACGGAAACCGCCACCAAUGGUGACGUUCAGGCUGCCGAGGCCGCCGCAGCCUUGCCAUCCACAGGUGAUCUGCCCGAUGCUCUGCAGGCCAAUGGAUCCCAAAGUACAGCGUCGCUUCAAGACUCGGGUGACCCACCCGCUCAGAGCGAGGCUCGGGCUGAGCUCGAGGACUACCGGCCCCAGGCGGAUUCACAGCAACAACCAGCUGCUGUUACCGUGGCUCGACGUCGGUUCUUCAACCGUAUCAUCACAAACUGUGUUCUCCAGCUUCUGAUGAUCGAAACCGUUCACGAGCUCUUUUCCAAUGACACUGUCUACGCUAAGAUUCCUAGUCCCGAGCUGCUGCGACUGAUGGGUUUGCUCAAAAAGAGCUACCAGUUUGCCAAGAAGUUCAACGAGGACAAGGAACUGCGCAUGCAACUCUGGCGCCAAGGCUUCAUGAAGCAGCCUCCUAACCUCUUGAAGCAGGAGAGUGGUAGUGCGGCUACCUACGUCCAUAUCCUCUUCCGAAUGUAUCAUGAUGAGCGUGAUGAGAGGAAGAGCAACCGUGCUGAGACUGAAGCAGCACUCAUCCCUCUCUGUGCAGACAUUAUCCGUAGCUUCGUUCGCCUUGAUGAGGAGACCCAGCACCGCAAUAUCGUGGCCUGGCGACCCGUCGUCGUGGAUGUCAUCGAGGGGUAUAAUAACUUCCCCCAAGAAGGAUUUGAUAAAAACAUUGAGACCUUCUACCCCUUGGGCGUCGAGCUCUUGAGUCGUGACCUAAAUCCUGAAAUCCGUGUCGCAUUGCAGGCUCUUCUGCGCCGUAUUGGCGAGGUCCGACUAGGCGUUGCUCCACCCAACCCAUUGGAUGCCCCGAUCAGUCCGCGCAGCUCCGUCUCCCAGAAGACUCCUCGUCGCGAUAGCCGAGCUGCUGAGUGA